AUGGCUUCUGGUAAGGAAAACCGGGCUGCACCAGGACUUUUCCCAAACCUGGACAGUUCAGAAGAGGUCUCAGAAACAAGAGAAUCAGAGAAGUUAACUAAUGAAGGCAGCUCUCUUGAUCCCAAACUAUUUCGAGCGGUAAUCAGCGACCUCCCACGAAACUAUGCAACAGCAAUGAAGACCGACACUUUUUACAUUACACGACAGUAUAAUAUGAAAGCUGGAAGUGCGGGUGGUGCGAAUGACAUCUGCUUUUCUAGCUUCAGAGAAUAUGACUCUAUGCUCCGUACAGAAUACGAAAUGCGUCAAAGGCUGGAAGAACUCGAGAAGGCGUUGUCAAAUAGUGGAGUACGGCUGCAGAGGCUAGACAGCCUAAACGCUUUAUAUACCAGAAAUCUUUCGUCAUCUGCCUGGGGAAAACGUUCAAAACGCUGGAGGUUGAUGUCCAUGGUACGAAAGUUGAAACCUAUGCGUUUGAGUAGUGCGGUUUCGGAUGUCGCGGGCACCAUAGACACAGAUCUGCAAUCGCACCAUUCCGACAGCACGGAAAUAAUCGAUUAUAUCAAACCCGGGUGUGGCGUGAUAGACAACUCUUAUACACCGCAAAAAACCCAUGUGAUGGUUCAAGAAGAGCUAGAACCCAUGUCAACAACGACGCUCAAUACACCCGAGAGUCGACAUGGUCGAGCACCGGUUCUGCAAGUGACAAUUCAACGUAAGCUCAGCGUACGACAUCUACAAAUGAUCUCGCUGGGUGCCACAAUCGGCGUGGGACUUUUUUUCAAUUCCGGCAAGGCUUUAUCCAUAGCAGGUCCUAUGGGCGGCUUUAUAGGAUACGCAGUGGGCGGGUCCCUAAUUCUGGCUACGCUUUUUUCAUUUGCAGAGAUGGUUGCUCUUAUACCAUUAAUUACUGGUAUUUCUGGUUUGUCCUCGAGGUUUGUUAAUGAUGCUUUUGGCUUUAGCGUGGGUUGGUGCCAUUGGCUAUCAUAUGCGAUCGGUUUCGCUUCAGAAGUGGUGGCCUCCACCAUCAUGCUCUCUUACUACAAGAACUUGGAUAAAAUUGCAACAAGCAAGUCCGCUAUGGCCGUUACCAUUGCCACGAUAAUUAUCGGACUGACUUUGAUAAAUCUCAUGGACGUUCGAGUCUAUGGUGAGUUUGAGUUUUUCUGCAGCACGUUCAAACUUAUGAUUAUUCUCCUUCUCGUAAUUCUGAUGAUUGUCCUUAAUGCUGGUGGACUUCAAAACAGCUAUAUUGGAUUUCGCUACUGGGAUUCUCAAAAAUCUCCGAUAAAAGAAAUCACUUAUGGGCCCUUCCGUCCCACGUUUGAUCUCAAAGACCGGGGUUACGGCGCCAGAGAAGGAAUUCCAGGAUUUGGCGGAAUUCUUUUGAGCUGCAUCGCAUCAAGCCUCACGUCAGUAUUUGCAUACGUUGGGUCUGAAAUCGGGUUUAUAGCGGCUGGGGAGGCGAAAAACCCUAGGAAGGCGGUGCCAUCAGUGACCAAGAGAAUUUUUACGAGAGUGAUUCUAUUUUAUCUCCUUUCAAUAUUCGUGGUUGGUCUAAACGUCUAUGCAGGAGAUCCGAGGCUAUUACGCUAUAACACUUCUAGCGACAUCUCAGCCGUUAUAAAUGGACAGUCCGAAUAUCAAGAUAUUUUUAAUGCUUUGGGCAACACACACUGUCAAGGCCAUUAUUCCAUGAAUCUAAUUCCCAUCGACAACCCUAAUCAAUCGCCGUGGGUGAUAGCAAUGCAAUCUUUCAACCAAUGCACCUUGUCGUCUUUCAUAAAUGGUGUAUUUGUGGCAAUUGCUAUUUCUGCAGGAAGCUCCCAAUUGUAUGCUUCCAGCAGAACCCUUUACUCUAUGGCCACCCAGCAAAAAGCUCCCAAGAUAUUUACUACCUGCAAUAGAAGCGGAGUUCCGUAUAUGGCCGUGCUGUUCUGUGGAGCGCUAGGAUUUUUGAGUCUUUUGUGUUUGAAUGUAAACAGCUCAGAGGUUUUUUUCACCUUUGUUAGCAUCGGGGCAUUGGGAAGCGUCAUAAUGUGGUUUGGCAUGAACGUAGCCUACCUACGGUUUUACUACGCGUUGAAACGCCGUCCGGACAUUAUAUCUCGUGAUGAUAAAGCCUAUCCAUACAAGUCGCCUUUUCAACCCUACUUUUCGAUCUAUGGUCUCCUUUUGGCGCUACUCUUGAUCCUUUUUAAUGGCUUUCAGAACUUCUUUCGCUGGAAUACUAAAAACUUCAUAACAAGCUAUUUGACCCUGAUUUUAUUUCUGAUACUGUACGUCGCAUUCGGCUGGACCGGUGGCUACAGCUUCAACAAAUUGGACCAAAUGGACUUGGAUUCAGGGCGAAGGGAAAUGGAUCGGGUCAUCUGGAAAGAAGACUCGGAAUACUCUUUAAAGCCAAAAGAAGUUUUGAACAAACUACUUAGCCAUAUAUAG